GGGUCGGUUUACGGGUUAACGGAUCGGUUACGUGUGUGUGGGGAUGUCUGUAACUUUGAAUUUGGUUAAGUUUGUGCAAAAAAGUCUUGCUUGCAAUGAUACCCACUUCCCCCAAAGAUACCCACAAAGCAAAGCUGCCUUACCUUCUGCGUACACAAACAGAUUCAAUCUCGGGAAGCAUGAACUCCAAUAACAGCCUUUUGUUUCUCAUUCAGCUUUAAGUUUUAUGCAUUUCUCUUGUUUAGCUGGUGAUGCUUGUUUUCAGAGAUGCAGAGAGCUUUUGUUGAAUCUACUACCUUAUGAGUUGUAAUUGAAGAGCAAGGUAGCAGGACCGAAAGGAUUGUGAGGAUAUGGGGUGCUUUGUUUCUACUCUAAAUGAUUCUGCUGAAAGGAGAUGCCCCAAAAACGUUGGAGAGCUCGUGGUAUUUGUUCCCGGACUAAGGAUUCCAAAACCUGUUGACUUCGCUCAGCCAGCUAGUGGUGACAUGUCUGGGAGUUUGGUUGAGCGAUUAUCCGCUCUAAGGACACGUAUAGUGGUCAUGGCAGGCCAAGGAGCACCGAUGACUAUACGACCAAGAAGAACAGCAACACAACAUGGAGGUUCGACGUUGGCUGAUCUUCAUCAUGCUCUUGAGGAUUACCUUCCGGUACUGUUGGGGCUAGUUGAAAGUGGAAACCAGCUACGGCAUGAUUGGCAAUUCUGUUGGACAAAUCAGGAGGACGAUGUGGAGGUGACUACUAUGUCCAAUUCCUGGUACGAGGUGCUGUCAGUUUUGCACCUGAUGGCCAUGCUAUCCUUAUCACAAGCCAAUUUAUUGUUUCUUUCAAAUAAAUUGACAGAUGAUUAUCAUUCAAAAGUAUCAGAAGAAUGCAGACGAGCUUCCAUUGAUAUUUUCUUGAAAGCAGCAGGAUAUUUAGAUUUUGCUGUCGAGCAUGUCCUUCCUCAGUUUCCCACAGAGCUCAGGAACGAUCUACCUUUAGACCUGGCUGAGGGAACUCUUCGAGCCCUUUGUCUGCAAGCGCUAGGCCAGGUUGUUGAUAUCCAACUUGGGAUGGCAAUUGACAGUUUCAAAGCCACAUUGGCUGUGAAACGGAGGCUAGCAUGUGAGAUGAUAAAAUAUUGGCAGCAGGCACAAGAGAACAUUAUGGACCUUCCGCUAGCAAAUGGAUGGGGUAAAAAGCAUAAGCUUUUCAUUCAAUGGAAAUAUGUUGAAGCCAAGGCUGCUGCAUACUAUCUUCAUGGUUUGAUACAUAGCGAGGGGAAUGCAGAAAAUUUAAAUGAGAUUGCUGUAGCCGCUCUGCAAGCAGCGGACGUGUUUCUGAAAGAAAGUAAGAAGGCCAGUGAAGCCUUCCACCAGGCAUCUCCUCUGUCACGAAAUCCGACUACUUGGGGAGUGAACAAGUAUCUCUCCGACAAGAUUCCUAAAGAUGUUUCAAGCAGGGUGUCUUCUUCACAGGUGCUACAAAGCCAUGAAAGAAUCAUGCAGGCGGCUCCAGCAUUGCCGGAUUUUGCUCUGUCGCUGAAACCUGACGAGUAUCAACUUCCUCCGGUGGAUCCUUCAUGGAAUGACAUUUUCAAGGACAAAAUCUCUAUGAGGGUGUGAAGUGACUGUGGACCAUAUCAAGAAGCUGACAGAUGAAGAACCACCUCCUAGUGUGUCAACCAGUUAGAUCCAGUUUAUAUGUGUGAUGACUUGCAUUUUGAAACUUCUAAUGUUAUUUGUCUGAUCCUGUGAGAAAUAGAAACAAACAUAAAUUCAGAUUCCAUACAAUCACUGAAAAUCUUCAUACAUUUGUGCCCACUUAAGUCUUGGGACUCAGUUCAUAGCAUUGACUCUUCUCACCUA